AUGAACACAACCCGACCUACGCCUUCAGAAACAGCGUCAAGUAUGGCAAUAACCUGGAGUGAUAACAUCGCCAAUGACAGCAGACAUGACGAAGUUCCCAACCGCGACAAGACCCAGGUACGGUUGCUUGAACGACAGUGAAUUACCAAUUAUGACUGCAGGUUUUACUUCUUCAGCAUUUACGUUACCAUUCCGUUAUGAUAAAUCAAGAGAAAGACAAAAGGAAAACGCGACGUGAUGUUUGUAUCAAGCUACUUAUAAGUUUCGAUCCAUUUUACAUUUUUGUUUGUUGUUUAUCUUUUUCAGCAGCCGAGUUUAAUUUGAAAAUGUUAAUUCUUGUUUGUUUUACAGAAGUCAGAUAGGGUAGGCAUUCAAAAGAUAGAGGAAUUCCUCACGAGUAAAGGUUGCUUUUCAGCGUCGUUUGACGAGGUAAUAAAAUCAUUUAAAGCAAGGGUUGCUGCAAAUGUGAACGACAAUCUUACCAGUAAUUGCAAUGAAUCUUUCCUGAUAGCAAAAUGUACAGUAUAAUAAGAAGUAAUAUCUCCUCUUCACGGAAGCUUAAAAAAAAUAUUAAUAUCUUUUUUGAAAGACAGAGAGCGGAAGAAGUGACAUCCAUACUAAAAAUAAACUUCUAAAUAAUAGGAAUCAGGAGAAUUUAUUUUCGAGAGCCCUGCAACCACAAAGGAAUCCAUGAGGCACGAAAAAAUUCUGAAUACCUUUGAGACGACACUCAUGAGCUUCUCUAUUACAGCAGAUGUAAUUUCCUUUGCAUUCCUCUCAGUUGUAAGGUAUGUAAGUAAGAGCUAAUGCGGAGAACCAGAGGCUUAGAAAUCGUUGGUGUGUGAAAACGGUGGAUUGAUAAAUAUAAAAGGAGGAGGCGGGAGGAGGAGGGAAGAAUGAACUUAUAAUUAUAUGGAUUUGGGUGCAAUCCAAGUUUAAUAACUAGCUUCAUUCACGGAAACUGAAAUAAAUUCUUGCGAAGACGGAUGAGCUAUCAAGCUUGGAAUAAAAUGUUACUUAUUAAUUUUUGGCUCUUUCUCCUUUUUCGAGGAAGCUAGUGUGUCUUCGAGAAUUAAAUGGUUUCCAUCCUUGGAUUUAGAAAAAUAUUAUAAGAAUGUUUUGCUGACGUUUGUUUCAAAUGUGGUAGAGUUUUAAAGUCGGAGCGGAUUUUCGUGCACAAGAAUCUGCUCAUAUCGCUGGCUUUUGGACAUACAGUUUACAUUCUUGACAUAAAUAUCUUCCCAUCAAGGAACAUGCACCAUGUAAGUACAAAAAUUAGAUAAUAGAAAUUAAAAAUGGUGGCUAACUGUGACCUGCGAUUACUAACUGUCUUGCAACUUAUUUUUCUUGUGGUGCGGUGCUUAUGUAUAUGUAGUUUAUAGGGAGUAACACAGUGGUUUUCAAGUUGACUGCUGAAUCAUAAAUCCAGUGAUGCACAACUUAAAACAUUUUCUUCAUUACAAUUUUUCAAAACGAGACAGCAAAGAAGGAUUUCAUGAGCGUUAAAAUUUAAGGCUAAGAUAAGGAAAGUUGUAUUUGGGAGAGCGGUUAAUAACUCGGUGGGCUCCUCUACUACCAUUUCGAAAAUACAGCUGCUUCUAAAGAUGAAUUUGGUGCUGUUCUGUCUUCCUUAAUUGAACCAAGGCGAAUUUUACAAACAAUAGGUAGGAUUUAGCUCGUUCACGAUACUCGGAAAAUUUGGCACUGACAGGGAAUCUUCACCAAAGCAUUUCUGUAGCGUCAUCUCUUGAACCUUACGUAGACUUCCAUUUUCUUUUCACCAAACAAAAUAUAAUCUAAAGAUGUUUAGUUCGUAUGGCUUUAGCAAUAAACUGUUGCAUUUAACUGUAGGUUUUUAAUCUAAUUGUUUGGACCGGUUCUCCUUUUCAGACCAUAUGCUCUGUUAUUGCUGCCGUCCAGCACUAUCUCUACACUUCUCUUUACACUUGGAUGUUGAUUGAAGGAAUAAACCUUUACUUGAAGAUAGUGAAGGUUUUCUCUUUUGGAAAUUCAUAUGCAACAUACAGCUUGACUGGAUGGGGUAAAAUAAUGAAUAAAUUAUGAAGAGGAGAAUUGCUUGUCAUUGCUAAGUUAUAAUCUGUAAAAAUACUUCUGUUGGUUUUUCCGUAAAGUUAUUGGCUUAAGGAAUGCAGUCGUGCUCGUCAUUCUUUAUCCGUCAGCUUCACUGAAUCGAGUUGUUCACCCUAUUUGGUGCGUAAAAACUGCUGUGUUAUUAAAGUGGGUUUUCUCCUAAAUAUAUAGGAGUACCAGGGGUCAUUGUUGGCUUCGUGGCAGUAAUCCAACCUUCAACAUAUGAAAUGAGUACAAUGUUGUAUAAAGAAAUCAUGUGCGGAACACUGAAACUCACGGGAACAGUGAAUAGAGAAAGGUAUCUUAUUUCACUGAAGUACCAACUAGAAACUAGAUAAAAGCUUAAAAAUACGUUAAGUAUAUGGUGAAUCGACGUAAUAAUCUAUGACAUACAUAAAUCAAAAAUUAUUUGUGCGCUUUCACUAAGGCCGGAUACGCAACGAUGUUCGAUACUGUACUUUGCGGUUUCGUCAGGCGAAAAACUUUGACAUUCAAAUGACAGAGAAUCUUGGGAAAGAAAUUAUUCGUUGCAGCGGACAAAUACUAGGGACCUUAAGCAAACCACGACGGCGACGGCAACGAGGAUAUGGAAAGACAAAAGAUCUAAUUGGCUCAGCACGUACGUUUCAAAACUUAGUACCUUUCUUAGUCGUCCUCUGCAAAACAACAAUGUGAAAUCACCACAAUUUGCGUCGUCUGCGAACCGAAACCGCGACGACAAAUUAUUUUAAUUCCAUUUUCAACUCAACGCUUCUCUUUUAUGCGUUAUGCUGAAGUUGAUGUGUGGCGCCGUAUGUGACGGUAAACAAAUGCAGCUAUUUUUUAAGUUCUAAUUAAAGGCAGAAAUUCAUUUUUUAAUCGAAGUCUUCCUUGACGUUGCCGUCCUAACUGCUUAAGGUCUCUAAUGAAAUAUGACAAACGUGUAACUUGAAAGGAUGUUUUGUAGAUGACCGCAUGCCAUGCCAUAGAAUAGAAGCGAUAUAUCUUUGAGGAAUUACUGUGAACUACUUUUACUUUGUAAAAAGGUUUGCAGGCCUCUAAAUGCACAUUCGAACCGAAUACAAAGAUCCUCAUACAACUUUUUUCUAAUUUAACUUCGGUGUUUGCAUAAACUGAUGAUUUUAAUUUUGAUGGUUUCAGAUGUUGGCUCAACGGAAGUGUCUGGAAAUUCAAAGGACCCGUGCUGGCCAUGCUUCUGGUAAAUUUGAAGUCAUUAUUGCUCUUAAUUCAAUCAAUAUACAGUUCUCCAAAAGCGUUUCAGCUUAAUUUCGGGUGCUUUUUUUUUCGUUUUUUUUUUCUUCCUAUUUUAACUUUCUGUGUUGAAGACCUAUUCCCUAAAAUUCAUUUUAACCAACAUCUAGAGACGUCCAAAAUUUGUUUAAAAGUCUUCUCUGGUCUGUUUUCCGCCUGUCAGUUUCUUUGCCUUGUAUCCACCGUAGAACAAUUGCUUAAGAAAUAUUGAAAGUUGUCUUUAGAAGUUAAGAAAAAACUAUUUCAGGGGAGACGUUACAGAUAAGUAGUGGAUUCCUCCUAGCCGCAGGAUUUUUCAAAUUAGUUUCGAAAAAAUUUUAAAGAAAUUAAAAUUUUUUAAUGGUCACUUUUCAUUAUCCUUUUGUCUCCGAAUCAACUGCGUCUGAAAUUUUAAAAUAAUCUUCAAUUUUCACUCAAACAAUACUCAAAGAUAACUUUAUCUAUUGGGCCUUAGGAUUCACCAAGUCGCUUUGAAGUAAAUUGCAUUUCUUGCUAGUAAAUCUGUUAGAAAGCACUAACGUAGCCUAUUAAAACCUAAUAUCAGGCCGUAAUUUUGCCCAAAAAUAAGGUUAGUGUACAUUUUAAAAGCGGAGUUUUUGCGUCUGAAUUUAAACUAACGCUACUUCUUCAAAUCUCUAAUGCUAUUCUCUUCAUUGGGGAAGCCAAAAUCCUUUAAACCUGAUAUUCCAUCAGAGUAUUUUGAGGAAAUAGUGGGCAACACUCCCCUUGAACUCGAUCCUUCCCAUGUUAAAGUUUAGCAUGUUGUCAUGACUUCUUUUUUUGUCUCCAUCUCAGGCAAAUCUUGCGGUCUUUGCUGUUGUUCUGCGCGUGAGCUUUGGCCGAAUUGGACGCAGGAAUUAUGCGCAGACCACCAGGUAAAUAUAGGUAGACUACUUUAAGCGUAUAUCUACAAUCUUAAACAAGGUGGAGGGUACAAAUCUUCUCCACGGCGUCUUGUGCGAAAACCUGUGUCAAAAAGAGAAAAAGGAACGAAAAGCAAAAGCGUUAUUGAAUUAAUACCAUGUAUAAAAUAACAUAUUCUCUUCUUGUAACUAAGAAGGUUUUAAUUAGAUUUUGAUUGAUUUAUCGUCAUAGGCUCCUUCUUCUCUCUCUCUCUUUUUUUUUUUUUUUUUUUUUUUCAGGAAAGGACUAAAAGCAAUUUUCGCUUUGCUUCCAUUGCUGGGUGUGACGUUUUUGCUGGGCUUCUUUGUUGAUUUUCACGUUACUUUGGAAUAUGCCUUUGUUUUAUUGAAUUCCAUUCAGGUAAAUUAUUACGUGACGCAAUCAAAGGAUAUUGUUGUUGUUAUUGUCGCUUUUCGAGUUACUUCUUAAUCAGGAAAAUGGAAGAAAAGCAAAAUAAAGUAGACAAACCAUUCUACGAUUGUAGAGUUACAACAUAAGUGCGUCUCAAUGAGGUUAUGGCUUUUACGGCUCACUGUUAAAAUUUUUGCUUUUUUACGGCUGACGGUUAAUUUCUUUCGAAUUCCGUUUCGAUUAAAGUACAGAUUUUUUUGGUCAACUUUAGUUAAGCUAACGUGUAACAAUAUUUUUGGGUUAAAAAAGCUUCUUUUAAUAUUCCAACAUAAACCGAGUAGUUACAUGUUCGAAAACCACGAAUUAACUGACAACCCCGAAUGCGCAUAUAUUAGAGCAUUAGUAGCGCGCUCAUUGGGAUCAGUUCAUGCGCACGUGCUUCUAUAGAUGACCUGGUAAUUUAUACCUGCAUACUACCAACACUAUUUCGUCGCAUGACGGUUAAUUUUUCUAAAUUUCCGCCGGUUAACCCCUUUCAAACCCUCACAUAGCGGAAAUUGUGCGUAAUAUUGGGCAAUCUUGCAUUUCCAAUUCACUGUAAACUGCAUUCUCUUUCAAAUCCUAGGGUGUGCUGUUCUUUAUCUGUCACUGCGCAUUUGAUGAUCAGGUGAGUAUAAGUCCUGAUUUCAUUUUAGGACAUUUUGAUUCAUCUAUUUGUUUGUUUUUUUUUCUUUCGGUUGGAAAAUGAUUGACGUUUUGCAUUCUGAUGAUCGAGAGAACGGCGCGUGUAUUUCGCACCAAUCGCCGAACGAAGUAGUUCAGCGCCAAUACAGUCCCGGAAUUACUUUAGAAUCUCAACGGAGAGAGACCUUGAAAGGCUACAGAUAGAAAUGUAAUAACGCUUUGCUUGGCCUUUUAGUCAACUUGGAGCACAUUUUAAGGAUUGAAGAUUCUCAUUAAUCAACCCUUAUUCAAAUUAUGAAUGGCACCAAUGAAAGUUAUUCGGCUUGCUUUAAGAUUAUCUCCGUUAACAGAAAAAAAUAUAUUUAACUCAGCAAAUAAAUAUGUCAAUUUUUCUUUUAAAGCUUUCCUAAACGUUUCAAUUUUUUGAAAACUAAAUGUAUAGUUGUGGGAUUCUCAAUUUCUAUGCAAUCAAGUCUUUAAUAAAAAUUUCAAAUUUGGCAUUUUCCCCGAUUGUCAAUAUAGUUUAAAAAUGAUCGAUGCAAGAGAGAAACAAUCAAUUAUCAUCAUUUUGGAUGAUGUUUUUUAGGUUCGCGAUGCCAUGAGUAAAAUGUUACGUAAAAAAAGGCGGGUUCACAGUCUCCAGAAAUUCAAGCAAGAGUCCAAAAUGGUGACGGAAAUGGCUCACAAAACCAAAAAUCUUUACUUUGUUGCCUGCGAUAAAUCAGGUAUUUACUUUGAUUCAGAAUCUUCAUACUCCUUGCUAGUUUUAUCAAAAGUAAAGUUGUUGUAAAAUGAUAUAUGAUCUAACGUCUAAGAUUCUAGCAACUCUUUUUCUUCGUGCACUCGUUAAUUAUUCAAUUGCAAAUAGAAAUUAAUAAAAUAGCUACAUAUAUAUUUACUCAUCGGUUUACAUUAAGAUUUUUCCAUUCUCGUUAACCAACCGUAUUUUCGCAAAAAACAGGGUAAAGGUUGUCGCACGAGCUUAUGAAUUUUAUGGCGAUAUCAAUUAGUUAUUGAUUUAAAUAUCUCUUAAAUCCUCUAAGCCUGAAAAAAGCAAAAAAGGAGGAGGACCAAUGAUGAAGCUAGC